GGGAUUGUACGCAAUGGCGGAGAUGAAUUCCGCGUCAGUCCCGCUGGCCCCGCCUUCCGACCGCCGUCAACUCGCUGUAGACAAACCCGGACGUGUCACCCGUGAGUGAAAGGCGAAAAUUUGCAGCAAGUACGAGGGAGUGACGGAAGUGAGAUGGGUGGAAACUCCAGUCAACCCAAGAAUGCCGGUGCGACGGCUAAGCAAGGUGUUCAGUCCUCAGGUACCACUGAGCAUCUGGAGACUCAACCGCUUAAACCUUCAAGAAGCAGUGCAGUAGAAGAAAGUCCAGUUCAGCACCGCAGGCGUCCUCGACGUCGUCGAAGAAGACACACAUUGCCUGAAUACAUAAAGAGCCACAUUCUCAUAUUUGCAGGGGCUGAUACAAGUGAAAUGGGUGGAGACUCCAAUCAACCGCAGUCUGCCAGCGCGUCGUCUGAGCAACGAAUUCAGAGCUCAAUUUUCAGUCCCGAUCAAUUGAUUGACGAUUUGCUUGUCGGUCCAUGCAAACUGCUUUCUGAGCAACAGACUGGCAUAAUCUUGUUUGGUUCCUCGAAAGAGGACAGCGAUCUUGAACAGUCAAUUAGCAGUGAAGCAGAAGAAGGUGUAGUUCCGCCCACCAGGCCUCUUCAGUGUCGUACAAGAAGACGCAGACUUUCUGAUGACGUUUUGAUGCUCAGUCGCCAAUUUGCAGGGGCUGAUACAAGUGAAAUGGGUGGAGACUCCAAUCAACCGCAGUCUGCCAGCGCGUCGUCUGAGCAACGAAUUCAGAGCUCAAUUUUCAGUCCCGAUCAAUUGAUUGACGAUUUGCUUGUCGGUCCAUGCAAACUGCUUUCUGAGCAACAGACUGGCAUAAUCUUGUUUGGUUCCUCGAAAGAGGACAGCGAUCUUGAACAGUCAAUUAGCAGUGAAGCAGAAGAAGGUGUAGUUCCGCCCACCAGGCCUCUUCAGUGUCGUACAAGAAGACGCAGACUUUCUGAUGACGUUUUGAUGCUCAGUCGCCAAUUUGCAGGGGCUGAUACAAGUGAAAUGGGUGGAGACUCCAAUCAACCGCAGUCUGCCAGCGCGUCGUCUGAGCAACGAAUUCAGAGCUCAAUUUUCAGUUCUGAUCAAUUGAUUGACGAUUGGCUUGUCGGUCCAUGCAAACUGCUUUCUGAGGGCACAACCAGAACAUGUGUCAAAGAAGCUACUUCAGAAUUACAUCUAUCACAAACAGGGUUUAUAUGACGGUAAAAACGUGCUAACUUAUCUUUGGACAUAUGAGCCCUAUGAACCACCUUAAAUUGUAUCAAAGCAUGUCUGGCACACAUUAAUGAAGUAUUAACUAGUUUAAGAAUUUUCUCCCAUUCCUCUGUAGAUAAAGAUGUUUGAAGUUCUCUUUCCCACUUUUAUCAGAAGUACCUAGACGUAUUUUCAUAAUCAAAUCAUAAAUAAUUGCUAUUAAACUCUACUGAAAGCUAAAAAAAACGAGAAUCUCUUAAUUAUUGGUAAAUAUGGCAGCCAAGGGUGUAUGACAUAACAGUUUAAUCUAAGAUAUAAAUUUUCAACUGAAAUUAAAUUUCUGAAGUAUAUUAAAUAAUACUCCCAUUCAAGUCUAUGAAAUGCCUUCUCGGCGUCAAGCAAAAUAACACAUUCUGAAGUAUUAGAUGAAGUCGUAUAUACAAUGUUCAUUAACAUCCUAAUGUUAAAAUGUGAAUAACGAUUUUUAAUAAAUCCUGUCUGAUCCUCAGAAAUAAUCUGAGGCAAUACCUUCAUAAUCUAAUGCUAAUAAUUUGGAAAAGAUUUUAGAAUCCUCAUUCAACAAAGAUGUAGGCCUGUAUGGUGUACUUUCAGUGGGAUCUUUAUCUUUUUUAGGAAUUAAGGAAAUUGAUGCUUCAUAAAAGGAUUGUGGUAAUUUACCUACUAAUAAAGCAUCUUUAAAAGAUUUACAUAACCAGGGAGAGUAAAUCUGGAAAAGUCUUAAAACUUCAGCUAUAGUAUAAUGGGUGCAUCUAAUACCAAACGUUCAUCAACUGGUAAUUCCGGAAAACUUAGUUUCCUUAAAAAUACAUUCAGUAUAGUAGU